CUUCAUCUCAAGCUUCAUCGGCAGCACUACCUCCUAUUCACAUCCAAGAAUCCAUUCUUCACCCCCCCAAACAACUCUUUACAACUAUCACUUCUCUCUCUCUCUCUUCCCUCCUCUCAUCUCAUCAACCCCCCCAAACCAAACCCCCCAAACAAACAACCCCCAAAAAUGUCGUGGGCCGUAGCCAUCGACGCCAUCGGCACCAUCUCCGGCGCCCUCGGCAUAGUCGACUUCCUCAAGUCCAACUUCGCCGGCAACAGCCCCCCCAGCCUCGGCGCCUCCGUCCAAAUCAAAGCCGGCCUCCAAUGCCCCAACAACUGCCACGACUUCGGCGGCCAAAUCGUCUCAAUCCAGGGCUACGACGCCAACAACGCGCCCAUCGGCCGCAGCACAGGCGGCCACAUCGGCGACGGCGGCGUCAUCGAAGUCGUCCUCUCCCAGCCCGAGCCCGGCAAACAAGUCGACUUCCUCUCCGUCGCAAACGGCAACGACGCAACCUGCAUCUCGUGGAUCGCCGUCCGCCAGUUCGACAAGGUUGAUGCGGCGGCGGGUGCCUGGAAUGGGGAUAUCGGGCAGCAGUGUGGGCAGUCGUGGUAUGCCGGGAAUCAGAUCGCGGGGAGGUAUAGGGAUGGCGGGGAUUGGCGGCCGAGCUGUACGUGGUUGGAUGCCGAUGCGUCGAAUGGGAUUGUGUCUGCUGCGUUGAAGUUCGGCGUGCAGGCGUAUGGCGAGGUGGGUGCGGCGUCGACGCUGGCGCAGAAUAGGCAGUGUUCUGCUACGCUUUACUCGCGCAAGGCGGUUGAUAUCGGGGACAAACCAGCCACCAAACGCUCUCUCUCCUCUUCCAACACCACAAGCACAACAAGCACCCUCCGCCCCCGCCGCCCCUGGAUGGACUCCCACCUCGUCAUCUCCACCAGCGCGCCCACCCACAACGCCACCGAAAUGUGUCUCUCCCCAACCUCCUGGGGCCCCGAUUUCGUCGGCACAGACGGCUACUUCUGCGACAUGGCGACGCGUGAACUCACCCCGCUGUGCGCGACGAAGCAGGUGCCCGGGUGUCUGGAGAUGGACCAUCCCGCGCGCACGCUGCGGAAGCGGUCGUUGGUUUAUGGCGGUGGGCGCGGGGCGGUGGCGAGGCGCGAGGUGGUGAGUGCGCAUCGGGUGUAUGGGAGUGUGGAUGUUUGGUCGUAGAUCUUUUGGGGGGUUUUUUGGGGGGAUUUCGGGUUCGUGUAUAUAUUGGGGAUUGGGGAUUAAAGGGGUCUGUUUCGGUUUGUUCGAGAGUGGG